AUGUUGCGGGGAUACAAGCACAUUCUUGAGGAUUUUCUGGGUAUUGGAGGAGGUGUCAGUGGAGGAGCAAGUGGUGGUGCUGGAAUUGGAGGAGGUGCAAGUGGUGGUGCUGCUGCUGGAGGUGGCGUUGGAGGAGGUGCUGGUGGAGGAGGUACAGGUGGUGGUGCUGCUGCUGGAGGUGGCAUUGGUGGAGGUGCUGGAGGAGGUGUAGGUGAUGGUGCUGGUACUGGAGCUGGUAUUGGAGGAGGUACCGGUGGAGGAGCAGGUGGUGGUGGUAGAGUUGGAGGCAGUGCAGGUGGUGAUGCUGGUGCUGGAGAUGGCAUUGGAGGAGGUGCAGGGGGUGGAGAUACGGGUAGAGCAGGCGGGGGAGUAGGAGGAAGGGCCGGUGGAGGCAUUGGUGGUGGUGCCGGAGGUGGAGCAGGUGGAGGUGUAGGAGGAAGGACUGGAGGAGGCCUUGGUGGAGGUGCUGGAGGUAGGGUCGGUGGCGGAAUAAGGGGUGGAGCAGGUGGUGGCUUUGGGAAAGGUGGAGGUAUAGGAGGUGGUGCAGGCGGUGGUUUUGGGGCUGGAGGAGGUUUUGGUGGAGGGCAUGGGGGAUUUGGUAAGGGUGGAGGAGUUGGCGCGGGCGGUGGAUUCAGAGGCGGGACUAGUCCUGGAAUUGGACGUUGCAAAUUGUGA